AUUAUUAUUUUCAGUUACAAUGAAAUUAUCACUUUCUAGUUCAGCUAAUAGGAGACAUCUUUACACAGAACUUCAGUCCAUAGAAGCUGUGACUGAUGAUAAACGAGUAUUAAAGCAUAUAAUGAUUGAUAUUCUCAACCUGAGAAAUGGAAUGGAAGAUAACCUACUCCAAAUCCAAAAAAUUAACCUGAUGAUACAGAAAGAAGAAGAGGAACAGAUGGGGUUUGAUGAUGUGAUCCAUGCUGCCCAGCAACAUAUUGACUCCAUUAACACAGUGUAUAUACUGGGAGUAUCCUGGCUUAAAGAUGAAACUGAUUUUGCUCUUAAGUUUAUUGAAGUUGAAUCCAUAGAGCUAUUAGAAGACGAAGAUUAUGAUAUUGAAGAUAUGGAAGAUAUCUCUGCUGGAAGAAGCAACGUUGAAGAAGAAGAAGAAGAUUGUGAAGAUAUUAAGAUAGACGUGGAUGAAUUAGAGAAUAUGAAACUUUUUAGUUCCGAGUACCCUGGGCUAAAGAAGGAGGAAGAAGAAGAUUCUGGAUUUGAAGUUGCAAAAGCUGAAUGCAAAACUAUUCUUGAAUACCCCUGUGAACACUGUGAUUUAAAGACAUCAAGCUCUAAAGAUCUCUGUCUGCACAAGGUCUCAGUUCAUCCUGAUUUAAUGUAUCAUUGUCAUCUUUGUUCCUACAUUGGAGCUGGUGAAUUACACUUAAGAAAACACAUGCAUAGGAAUCACAAGGGGGUACUUUUUUCAUGUACUAUUUGUGAAUAUGAAGCAAAAUCAAAGCACGCUUUAAAAAGACACUUUGCUGUUAAACACGAAGGAGAAAAAUCUCUAUGUGAUGAGUGUGAUUACACAGGAACAAGGGGACAAAUAAAUAAACACAAGAAAAGCAAACAUGAAGGAGUUAGAUAUCCCUGUGAUCAGUGUGACUACAAAGCAAUACAUUUCUCUCAUUUAAAGUUGCACAAAGAGAACAAACACAAAGGUAUUAGAUUUUUUUGUGAUCAAUGCGAGACUUCGUUUACUGGGGAGAGAAAUCUAAAAAGACAUAUUAGAAAUAAACAUGACGGGUUCAGAUACUCAUGUGAUCAGUGUGAAUACUCGGCUUCUCAACAGAGUCUUUUAAAAGAACACAUCGACGGAAUUCAUAAAGGAAUGCAGUUUCCAUGUGAUAAGUGUGAUUAUGUUACAGCUAUUGCCGGAAAUCUUCGAUCACAUAAGUAUACUAAGCAUGAUAAUGGGCGACAGAAAAACUUACAUGGAGAUCAAUCUGAAUCGCAAGAACGGCCGAAAUAUCUUUGUGAUAAAUGUGAUCAUCUUGCCAGUUCCAAGGGAAAUUUGAAACUUCACAAAUUGGCUAUUCACGAAAAAACGUCUCAAUAUAUGUGCGAUCAAUGUGAGUUUGUAACAAACUAUAUUUGCUCUUUAAAGCAACACAGGGAGAGCCAUGACGGUAUUCCCAAAUCCUGUGAUAAGUGUCCUUAUGUUGGAAAAACUAUGCAUUAUCUCAAAAGACACAAAAAGUUAAAACAUGAAGGCGGCAGGUAUCGCUGUGAGUUAUGUGAAUAUGCGGCACAAGACAACGCUCAUCUAAGAAGACACAAAGAAAGUGUGCAUUUGGGAAUUAAGCAUCAUUGUGAUCAAUGUGAGUUUGCUGCCUCUACCAUUGAUAACCUGAAACAGCACAAAAAGAGUAAACACGACUUUACCAAAUUUCCCUGUAGUCAAUGUGAACAUGUAGCUAAUACACAGUAUAGUCUUAGAAAGCACAUAAAAAGCAAACAUGAAUAUGUGAGAGAUCUGUCUAUCCUUGCAUAAUUUCUCUAUAAAUUAAAGAACAGAAUAAGUGCCUUUAUCAGACCUACCAUAUUGUACAAAUUGACGGAUAUUGUGUUACCUUUAUUUCUUAUUAUUUCUGUUUUUUAAUUAACUCGUUGUAACACCCAAAUGAAAUUCUUUUAAUUUAGAUAAAGUUUUUUUCAAUGAAUACAAAAAAUAUUGAACUCUGAAAAUGGUAAACUUCCGUCUUUUAAAUCUAAAGUAUAUUUUUAUUUGAUUAUUUAAUCUGUCCUAAGAAUUUAUUUGAUCUCUAAAUUCAUGAAAACUUUUUUUUACCCUUUUCUAUUCAUCUUUCGACACAUUUGGAUGGCUGGGAGCAACGACCGAUGACCCCUUUCGUCGAAGAAUGGGUUGUAUUUUAAAAAUAAUAAAAAAAAAUCACAAACUGAACGAACUUAAUUGCAAUAAAUUCAUU